AUGGCCACUGGAUCAUUCGCAGAAGCCAACAGAAUCAAUGGAUCGGUGUACCGGGGUUCAUUCAAGGGCGACCACGCUGCAGUGAAGGUAAUGAAGGGAGAUGUAUCGCGUGAAAUAGAUGUGCUCAGGCAAAUUAAUCAUUCCCACAUCAUUAGGCUUUCUGGUUUCUGCUUUCACCAGGGAAUUACCUACCUUGUUUAUGAGUACGCAGAGAAAGGUUCCCUCAGUGAUUGGCUACAAAACAAUAAGAUGCAGCACGAAGAUUCCUAUAAUUCAACUGGGAUUCUUGAUUGGAAACAGAGAGUUCAAAUUGCUUACGACAUUGUUGAUGCCUUGAAUUACCUGCACAACUUCACCAAUCCGCCGUAUAUCCACAAGAACUUGAAGAGCAGCAACGUCCUUCUGGACAGUAACAUGAGGGCUAAAGUUGCCAAUUUCGGUUUGGCCAGGAGUUCGGACACUGAUCAUAGCGUACCUGUAAUGACCCGGCAUGUCGUGGGCACGUACGGGUAUAUGGCUCCCGAAUUCAUUGAGACUGGAUUGAUCACUCCAAAACUCGACGUCUUUUCAUUUGGGGUGGUGCUUUUGGAGCUCAUGUCUGGAAAGGAAGCCAUUGCUGCUAAAGGCAGCAACAAAGAAGGGGAAUUGUUGUCUACAUACAUAAAUGAGGUACUCGAUGGGGAGAAUGCUAGAGAGAAACUACAAUGGUUCAUGGAUCCUCGACUCGGGAAAGGGUAUCCAAUAGAGUUGGCAUACUCCAUGGCUCAACUUGCUAAGAAUUGUGUAGCUCAUGAUCUCAACUCACGUCCUGCGGUAGCUGAUGUUUUCAUGGUUCUUUCAAAGCUCCUCUCAUCCUCCUUGGAUUGGGAUCCUUCAGAUGAUCUUCAGAACUCCAGAUCAUUAGGCAAUGGCAGAUAA